GCCUCGAAAGCGGGCCGUGCGAAGGGACCGAUCGCCACGUGAUACGAUUGUGGAAUGCCAUGCCGCAGUACACGGUGUGCGUCUUUCCCGGUGCAGCAAAUGAUACCUAUGACUUCAACGUCAAUGAGUUCACCAUUUAUGCCGUCACGGCAAUCUCGGUGCUUGUACUCGCUGGUAUCAUUACAUGCCUCUACCACACGAGCAAGAUGUUCACCAAGUCCAGUCGGUCGGCCGACGACGACUACCUCGCGUCAACGCUCCGACCGGAUGAGCUCAAAACCCUCCAUUUGCUCCAGAUCGACGCCGACGCCAUCGUUCUUUGCGGCACCAAACCACUCGCCUCGGGUGCGUACGGCGACGUCUGGCGCGGUAUCUACGCCCACACCACCGUCGCUCUCAAGCGCGUCAAGAGUCCAUCGCCCGCCUCUGUCCACGACUUUAUUCACGAGAUUCUGCUCCUCCACACACUCGAGAGCCCGUACAUUGUCCGACUUCUCGGUGUGCGCUGGCGCCGCCUCAUGGACAUUGAGGCCAUCGUCGAGUACUGCGACCUCGGCGACCUGCGCAGCUUCCUCGCCGCGUCCACGGAGGAAAAUGUGUCGUGGAGUACAAAGGCGACGAUCCUCGAGAGCAUCGUGUACGGUCUCGUGUUUCUGCAUACGUUUGCGCCCGUGAUCAUCCACCGCGAUCUCAAGUCGCGCAAUGUGCUUUUGGAUUCGAGAAACGGAACCAAACUCAGCGACUUUGGCACUUCACGAAUUCUCGACGACCAAAAGACGCUCACGAACGGCAUUGGCACGUUCCAGUGGAUGGCGCCCGAAGUCAUUCUCGGCACCCAGUAUACGGUGGCCGCCGACAUUUACUCGUUUGGGGUCAUUUUGUCUGAGAUGAGUACGCACAAGGUUCCCUACAGCGAUGCUCUGAACGCCUCGUCCGGCCGAGCACUGAGCCAGCAAGCCAUCUUGUCGAAAGUCACAUCCGGUGCACUGCGACCCACGUUCGCAGAGGCAGCUCCAAGCUGGUUGCUCGAGGUCGGGAAUCGGUGCUUGUCGCUGGACCCGACGCAGCGGCCGACGACACUCGAGCUCACGGUGCUCGUCCGGGACUUUAUCGGAGCGGCUACCGAGUACUAGUGCGCUUUGCGCGACCGAUUUGCUGUGCAUCCUGGAUACAGUAGUCCAUGUAAAACCAUGAUAGUACAUAGUGUAUACAGCAA